UACGCUCGAGGUUUGUGGUGAUUUUCCAAUGGAGGGAGAGGACGCUGCUUCUUCCAUGGACAUGGCGGCUAGGGCUCUUCCGGCCGCUGCCGCCGUGCAAGCUCUUCGAUCGGUCUACGAGCGUGUGAGAGUGGCAGCUGAGCGCUCCGGGCGAUCGGCCUCCCAGGUCAAUGUGGUAGCAGUGAGCAAGACGAAGCCAGUGUCGCUGAUUCGAGAGGUAUACGACGCUGGGCAUCGGCAUUUUGGGGAGAAUUACGCGCAAGAAUUCAUCGAGAAGGCUCCUCAGCUUCCCAGUGACAUUCGAUGGCAUUUUAUUGGACAUCUCCAAAGCAACAAGGCAAAAUCCCUUGUAGCCAACGUUCCUCAGUUAUAUAUGGUGGAAGGGAUUGACAACUUCAAGGUGGCGAGUCUCUUGGAUCGAGCAGUGUCGCUCCUUCAAAGGAAUCCUUUGAAAGUCCUGGUUCAAGUAAAUACCAGUGGUGAAGAAUCAAAGUCGGGAGUUGAGCCUUCGGCGUGUGUGGAACUUGCGAAGCAGAUCAAAGCGGACUGUCCGAACUUGGAGUUUUCAGGAUUGAUGACAAUCGGUAUGCAGGAUUACACAUCAACGCCAGAAAAUUUCAAGGCUCUUCUAAAUUGCAGAGAAGACGUCUGUAAGGCACUCGAAAUUCCGCAGAGCUCUUGCGAGCUUUCCAUGGGAAUGUCCGGUGACUUCGAACAAGCGAUCGAGAUGGGAAGCACCAACGUGAGGAUUGGAUCCACAAUCUUCGGAGCUCGAGAGUACCCAGCAAAGAAAUAGAAAUGGAGGCAAUACACCAAAGAUCGUCAAGAACAAGCACACGAGGAAAUUCGCAGUACAGAAUCCAUCAAAGGAUCAAAGGAUCGGAAUUUAUGGAGAGAGCAAAGCUUUUGGAGAACUUAUCUUAGUCAAGAUCACGAAAACUUGUCCAUAUCCCAAAGCGCUAUAAACUUCCCCUGACACGAAA